CCCUCGUAGGCUCUCAUCCUGUCCAAUCAUUUUCCUUCCCCAACCUUCACAGCCCUCGACGCCUCCCCCUUUCACAGCCCUCUCACGCCUCCCUCUUUUCUAUCCCAGCCCUUCCCACCGCCUCUCAUAUUCACAGGUCGUCCAAGAGUCCCCUUUCCCUUCAUAUCCUCUCCUUCCGCCAACCCCCACAAUCUCCCAUAUUCACAAAUCCUCCCACCGCCUCCCGUAUUCACAGGUCCUCCUACCAUCUCUGACGACCUCCCAACUGGUGGAUUUGGAGAACACGAGAGGGCAAUUUUGGAAGAAAAGUCUGAUUCCUGGAGGACACCAGUUCAAGGAAUCCAAAUACCACCAAUUGUUAGAGAAUCUGAUUCCGGGAAAUUCCCCAUUGUGAUUCCCGAAUUCCGUUUCCGUUCAUCCCAUUCUCCUUUCGUAAAGAAAGGGUGAUUGUUAUCAAGGAGAAAAACAGAAAAAGAUGGCUUCAGAGAUGAAGGUUGAAGUCAUUUACAAGGAAACAAUUAAACCAUCCUCUCCAACUCCUCCACACCUCAAAACCACCCAGCUUUCUGUUUUCGAUCAACUUGCUCCAGAUGUUUUUGUCCCACUGCUUCUCUUCUAUCCCAGCAACAUUAACAGUGAUGCCGUUGAUAGUAUUGAUCACCAUUCUUCGGUUGCUGAAAGAUCGAACAUUCUGAAAGCAUCCUUAUCAGAAGCUCUUACUCAUUUCUACCCCUUUGCAGGGACAUUCCAAUAUAAUGUUUCCAUUUCUUGCGAUGACCAUGGGGUUGCAUUUCUUCAGGCUCAAGUUAACUGUCCCAUGUCGAAGAUUUUGGUAAAACCAGAUUUUGAGAUCCUAAGACAACUGCUACCAGCCAGUCAAGGAUCCUCACAAGCAGAGACAGGCCAUCUUCUGCUAAUCCAGGCCAAUUUCUUUGAAUGUGGCGGGUUGGCGAUUGCGGUCAGCAGUUCACAUAUCAUCAUUGAUGGCUAUACGCUCAGCACAUUCAUUCGAAGCUGGGCUGCAGUUGCCCUUGCCUCCAGUACUGUUAGUACUGAGCAUGUUUUACUUACUCCUAAAUUUGAUCUUGCAGUUUCCCUUUUCCCACAACUAGAUUUCUUGAACUCACCUCCUCCUGCCAUGGAGCUCGUUGAAGAAAAGUGCAUAAGCAAAAGAUUUGUGUUUGAGGCCUCAAAGGUUGCUGCUCUUAAGUCCAAGGCUGUAAGUGCCUCCGUACGAAACCCAACGCGCCUUGAAUCAGUGUCAGCCCUGAUUUGGAAGUGUGCCACUGCAGCGUCGAGAUCAAACUCGGGUGUUGUAAGGCAAUCUGUGUGGUCUACCAAUGCCAGCUUACGGAAAAUAGUGCAGCGGCCCUUGGCAGAAAACUUAAUGGGAAAUCUUGUGGGGAUGUUUGUAGUAAAAAUGGAAGCAAGUGAAGUUGUCGAUAUUGAUUAUCCAAGCGUGGUUGCUAAACUGAGGAAAGGGAUGGAGGAAUUUAAAGAAAAAUAUGCGAAUGGAGUAAGUGGGGAGGAAGCAUGUGGAUUCAUGAAAGACUUUGGGGAUCGCAUUAAGAGGGUAGACAACUACCACUGCAGCAGUUGGUGCAGGUUUCCGUUCUACGAAGCCAAUUUCGGAUGGGGAAAGCCGUUGUGGGUUUGUCAGACUAUAACAAUGAAGAAUGUAGCUAUGUAUACCGAUACAAGAGAUGGGGAAGGCAUAGAAGCAUUGGUGACUUUGAGUGAUGAAGACAUGGCCAAAUGUGAAUGCGAUAAGGAGCUGCUUGCAUAUGCUUCUGUGAAUCCGACUGUCAUGUAAUAUGUACCAAAACAAAAAGUGGGUGGUUUCCUUACAAUUAUUUGGUGUCUAACCACUUAAUGCUUUUAGUUAUUGACUUUUUAUCAACAGGACUGAGAUGUUUUUCGAAUAAAAUAUGUGUAGUUUGAACUACAGAAAAA